UCCAUAUACAGAAACUGCAUCUUGAAGCUUUCCAUCUCACUGAACGACAUGUUUGUUCCGGGAACCGUUUUCCUUGCAGUGGCACUGGCAGCUCCGCUCUUCCUCGUUCUCCUACUCCGUAUUUUCCAUGGAGGAAAAAGUAAAACCAAUUCAAGCCGGUUACCACCGGGUCCUCCAAGUUGGCCAGUGAUUGGGAACCUCUUGGAUUUAGGCACGAAUCCACGCAAAGUAUUCAAGAGGCCACACCAAAUGCUCGUUGAACUUCAACAAAAAUAUGGACCUGUAUUCAUGCUACGCCUGGGUGCAGUGAACACACUGGUUAUAGGCUCAGCAGAUGUUGCUAUGGAGUUUUUCAAAAACCAUGACCAGGCUUUUAUAAACCGUGUUUUGCCAAAGAUUUUUAACGUAGUCGUAGAUGAACAUGGUAAUAACAUGACUCCAUUCAAUCAGCAUGGAUCACAUUGGCGGAUGAUGAGACGACUAUAUGCGACCACGCUCUUCUCCGGCCCGAUGCUACAAAAUACUAUUGGUAAACGAAGACGAUUUGUAGAUCGUAUAAUAGAAUGGAUAUCAGUAGAAGAAAAGGCGGGUAGAAGUGUUGAGUUAAACCUCUUGAUUUUCAUCUCUCAGGUUAAUCUAAUAGGUGAUCUAUUGUUUUCAAGGGAUCUUAUGGAUCUUAAAUCUGGUACCAGGGAUGAAUUCUUUGUAUUGGUUAACGAGAUAGCAACAAUAAUUAAAACGCCAAAUCUAGCCGAUUUAUUUUCAUGGCUAGGGAAUUCAGAUCCACAAAAUUUGACCAAGAGAAUGAAGAAGGCAUGGGAUGCAUCCUUAAAUAUCGUUGAUGGUAUUGCAAAGGAGCGGAUGCGCAUGGGUUUAGUAUGCAAGAGUGACGAGCAAAAGGAUUUUUUAGAUGUGUUGAUGGAUUUUGAAGGCGAUGGCAAAGAUGAAGCAUGGAAAUUCUCAGACAGACAAAUAAAUUUGUUCGCGCUGGAAUUGGUAGCUGGUUCAACAGAUACAAUAGCUAGCGUCAUUGAAUGGGCAAUGACAGAACUUCUUCGCAAUCCGGAGGCAAUGAAGAAGGUUAACGCUGAAAUUUCUCAAGUUGUUGGUUACGACAGAAAGAUCGAGGAAAAAGAUAUUGAAAGUCUACCUUAUCUAUGGGCAGUACUCAAAGAAGCACUGCGAUUACAUCCAGUGGCUCCUUUCCUAAUACCACGAAUUAAUGUUGAAGAAACAAACUUCAUGGGGUAUCUGAUACCUAAGGACACCGUAGUGUUGGUUAAUGCUUGGGGCAUUGGAAGGGAAUCAGCUUCAUGGGAUGAUCCAUUCUCGUUCAAUCCGGAUCGUUUCUUAGGAACCAAUGUUCAUUACCAUGGACAACAUUUUGGUUUCUUGCCGUUUGGAAGUGGAAGACGUAUCUGUCCUGGCAUCCCGCUGACCCAACAAGUUCUUCCAAUAGUGCUUGGAUCAUUGCUCCAAUCAUUUGACUGGGCGCUUGAAAGUGCCGUAACACCUGAAUCCAUAGACAUGGGCGAAUCAUACACGGUGGUACUGCACAAGACAAUUCCAUUAAAAGUGAUGCCAACAACCAAGAGUAUCGGCAGGCAGCCUAACUUAGUUUAACUUCAAAUGGUUAGGGUGCCUCGGUACUUCUAACGAGUAAAAAAUAAUGUUGUAUUUUUUUUUUUUUGGAGUUCGAACAAGAUUUAUAACUGAUGUUUAUUUUAAUAUUUCUUAUUAAAAUGCUAUUUAACACAGAGCCA